GAAUGUGUUUGUGUUGCGCUCUUGGGUUUUAACGGCUGGCGAUGCUAUGCCGCUGUGUGAUCGGAUGUCUUUGUCAGCUCGCCGCUGGUUUGGAAGACAAGGAAGGAGUGGAAGAGUUUAGGAAGUCACGUGACCUACAUACCUGCACGUAGGGAUAUUGGAUGUAUAGACACACUAGUUUAUUUGUGUGCGCUUUUCUUGUAUGUUUUGAUUUUGUAUAUUCAGUGUAGUUUAUGACGCUUUUGCGUUGAAGAUUUUUUCUUUUCUUUUCUUUAAUAGUUUAGGGGUUUUGGGACUUAGUUAGAUAAUGGGAUUUUUAUUCCAUUUUAUUUUAUGAUUUAAGCGCCACUUUAACUUCCCUUCUUUUUCCUUUGUCUUGUUUGUUUAACUUGUUGUUCCUUGGGGGCAAUAAAUCUUUCUUGUAGUGCAGUUUCGCGUCAUGUGUUCCAUUGCCACUUAUUUUCCCUGUCUUAGUUCUUUAAUGUCAACUUAAUGUUACCUCUUCUAAUCCCUAGAUAAAAAUUCACAUCAGAGACGUAACAUUAAAUGGGGGCUCGUCUGGGAUAUAUUUUAUAAUUUUUCUCCAUGUUUAGGAAAGAAAAAUGGUUAAUUACGCCCUUGAUAUAAAUUGACAUGUUGAGAGAGGUUAGGGUGGUGGCAAAUGGAAUUGUUGAUUUUUUAGUAGUUGUGAAAUGAGGUAAAAGGCAGUGAGUAACGCUUUUUUUUGGAAGGUAGUCAUGUUCAUGGUGCACUUGAAACAUGUUCAGUUUAGAAGAAUUUGUUAAGAGUCCUUCGUUGGAACAGCUUAACUUGUGUCGGAAACAGGAUUUGUUUGCAAUAGCUGAUCAUUUUAGUUUGACAGUCAGUAGACAGAAUCGUAAGGCUGAGAUAAAGAGUAGAAUAAUAGAUCAGUUAGUCGAGCUAAAUGUUCUUCUGAAGUCGAGAGUUGUGAGGGAUGAAAAUGCCGAUCUGUUAAGCCCUAGUGACGUGGCAGUGGCUUCUUUCAGUUUGGGAGAUGCGGACGUAUGCAGUGGCAGAACAAACGUUGAAGCGGAGGUGGAGGCCGAAGCGGAUGCGAAAGCUGGCUUGCCACCAUUUGAUCCGUUAUCUCCUCUUUCUUUGGGUUCCAGAGACGAUGCGCGACUGAAAGUCCGCUUGGCUCGUCUCCAUUAUGAUGCGCAGGAGCGUACUCCGACACGUCAGGCUGAAAUUGAUCUACGCUUGCAGAUACGCAGAUUUGAAAUCGAGGCUGAUACGCAGGUGAGGCUGCGCCAGCUCGAACUUGAUGCUACGAAGGCUGCUAGAGAGCCUGUUGUACGGCCAGGUCCAGCUCCUUUAUCUGUUGCUUCUCCGGUGGCUGAGUCAUCCCACUACAACUUUGACGUGAGUAAGCACAUUGCUCUUGUUCCUCAAUUCAGAGAAUCUGAAAUAGAUUCAUAUUUUAAUGCUUUUGAGCGGAUUGCUACGUCACUUCGUUGGCCUAGUGAAGUUUGGUCAUUGUUACUUCAAAGUAAAUUGGUAGGCAAGGCUUUAGAAGUUUAUUCUACAUUAUCAGUUGAAGAGAGUCUGAAGUAUGAUUCUGUAAAGUCUGCAAUACUUUGUGCAUAUGAAUUAGUACCUGAAGCAUAUAGGCAGAAGUUUAGAGCUUAUAAGAAAACUUCUAGCCAGACGUUUGUGGAAUUUGCUCGAGAUAAAGGUACACUCUUUGAUAAGUGGUGCACCGCAAACAAAGCGACUGAUUUUAAUUUGUUGCGGGAGCUAGUUUUACUUGAAGAAUUAAAAAAUUGCUUGCCUGAGAAAGUGGUAGUUUACCUGAAUGAACAAAAAGUAACUUCGAUGUCAUAUGCCGCUGUGCUACCUGACAAAUUUAUUUUAACUCACAAAAAUGUUUUCGUACCUACACGUUCAGAAAAUUCGCAACCGAUUGUUGAUGUUCUCGGAGUGCAGUUUGUGCGCUCAAAAGUUAAUUCACCGCGAGCUAAAGAGGAUCGCGAGUGUUUUUAUUGUCAUAAAAGAGGACACAUUGUUGUGGAUUGUUCAUUGUUGAAACGAAAACAACAAUCACCAUCGAAGUCAGUAGGCUUUGUGAAAACUCUUAAACCUACUGCUGUUGUUUACUCUGGUGACGAAGUCGAAGAGACGUAUCGACCAUUUCUUCUUAAAGGUCUGAUUUCUUUUUCUGGAAAUGCUGAUGAGCAAAAGGAAAUUACGAUGCUUCGGGAUACUGGUUCGAUGCAAUCUUUUGUGGUGGAGAAUAAGUUGCAGUUUUCUGAUGACACUUCAUGUAGCUCCAGUGUAAUUGUACAAGGUAUUGAGAUGGGAUGUGUAAAAGUGCCUUUGCAUAAUGUGCAUUUGCAAAGUGACUUGUGUACUGGGUUUGUUCGAGUUGCAGUUUGUACUUCCCUUCCUGUGAAAGGAGUAGACUUCAUAUUGGGAAAUGACUUGGCUGGAGGGAAAGUUAUGCCCUUGUUGGAGGUUUUGGACAAACCAGAAGUCUGUGUGACAAAUGAGGUCACGAGAGAAACUCAUUUCUGCACAAAAAGAGGAUGAAACUCUCACCACCGCUUUUAACUCCGUUGUCUCUGCUGGUAUGGCUAAGUGUAAGCAGAAUGCUUAUUUUAUUGACAAUGGCUUGUUGCUUCUAAAAUGGUGCGCAUCACCAAAGCAAGAUUCAGAUUGGGAUGUUUCUUAUCAGAUUGUGGUUCCUGUUCUAAAUCGACCACAUGUGCUAUGUUUAGCGCAUGAUCAUCCACUGUCAGGACAUCUUGGAGUUAGGAAAACCUAUAGUCGGAUCUUAAAGCAUUUUUUUUGGCCAGGACUGAAAAAGGAUGUAGUUUGCUAUUGUCGUUCUUGUCACACAUGUCAAGUUGUUGGAAAACCAAACCAGGUUAUUCCACCUGUUCCAUUGAAACCA